CACCGGGUCGGAUCUGAGAGAGAGAGAGAGAACUUUCGACAUCUUCUUCGCCGAGAAAAGAAAAAGGUCAAGGCUUGGUGUUCGUUCCACCGUCUCCGAUCUCCAGUCAAAAAAUCGGAUCUUCCUGGGUUUCGAUUCCACAAGUAAACAGAGAUUGUAAAAGAGUAUGGAAGGUGCUGCGGUGGCGGAAGGUCUGUGGGGACUAGCGGAUCACCACGAGAAGCUUGGCGACAUCGGCAAAACAAUAAAGUGCUUAGAAGCCAUCUGCCAGUCCCAAAUCUCGUUCCUUCCUCUCGUCGAAGUCAAGACACGACUCCGCGUCUCAGCUCUCCUCCUCCGUUACUCUCACAACGUCAACCACGCCAAGUCCCAUCUCGAGCGCUCUCUCCUCCUCCUCAAAUCCAUCCCUUCCUCCUUCGAUCUCAAGUUCCGGACUUUCAGCUUGCUCAGCCACUGUUACCACCUCCUCGCUUCCUUCCCUCCUCAGCGCAACCUCCUCCUCAAGGCUCUCGAGCUCGCUUCCUCUGUCCCUCAGGAUCUCUCUGCUUACCUCUGGUCUUGUAAUUUCAACUCUCAGCUCGCUAACACCUUCAUUAUCCAAGCUGAUUUCCCUUCUUCCCUCUCCGCUCUCGAGUCUGGCUUUCUCUCCGCUUCUCACAUCUGUUUCCCUGAGCUCCAGUGGCCAGCGGGAUUCAGGGUCCGUAUUGGGGCCGAAGCUCCCUCAAGACCACUAAGCCGUCCUCGCUUGAUGUUCUUCACUGCAUCUAUGCUUCACGUUCAUAUCAUGCAAUGGACCGAUGAUUAUUCAGUGGAAAAGGCUGUUCAGAGAUGUGAUGACAUCUGGCAGACCGUUUCUUCAGACAAGACUGAAAGAUGCCCCGGUUUGUUCUUCUACAACGAGAUGCUUCAUGUUUUCUACCGCCUCAGGCUCUGUGACUACAAGAACGCUCAGCAUCACGUCGACCGCUUAGACCAAGCCAUGAAUGCUCACUCCCACAAAACCCAGGAGGUUCAGCAGCUUCAGGAUGAGCUCAGUUCGUUGAGUCAUAGUCUCUCUCGUAACGACCUUCCCUACAGGGAAAGAGCAGCACUCUCCGACAGACAGUCUCAGCUCCAGGAUCGUGUAAAUGCAUUGUCUCAAUCUUCUACUACCACUGCUAACUCUCUGGAGCCUGCGUUCUUUGGCAAUAUGGACCGUGCGUGGACGGAGAGGCUACUGCUUUCACAAUCUCCGAUCGAUGGAGAGUGGCUACCGAAAAGUGCCAUCUAUGCUUUGGUCCAUCUUAUGGUUGUCAUAUCCGGACGUCCCAAAGGACUCUUUAAAGAGUGUUCAAAACGUAUUGACUCUGGAAUGCUCAUCAUUCAAGACGAACUGAUCAAGCUUGGAAUUACUGACGAAGUUAGAGAAGCUGAUUUACGGCACACAGCUAUCUGGAUGUCUGGGAUAUAUCUAAUGCUACAGAUGCAGUUCCUUGAGAAUAAAGUGGCCUUGGAACUUACAAGGUCUGAAUACGUCGACGCACAAGAGGCUCUGGUUGAGAUGAAAAAUUUGUUUACUCGAUUUCCAACGAUCUUGCAAGCGUCUGAGUGUGUGAUUGAGAUGCUCAGGGGGCAAUACAGUCACUCCGUCGGUUGCUAUGGUGAAGCUGCUUUCCAUUCUAUCCAAGCUUCUAAGUUGACAGAGAGUAAAUCGUUGCAAGCUACGUGUCAAGCUUUUGCAGCUGUUUCUUACCUUACAAUAGGAGAUGCUGACUCAUCAUCAAAGGCACUUGAUUUGAUUGGACCACUCUAUGGAAUAACGAAUUCACUAUCUGGUGUGCGAGAAGAAGCUAGUAUUCUCUUUGCUUAUGGUCUCCUUUUGAUGAAGCAACAAGAUCUACAGGAAGCAAGAAACCGGCUUGCCAAGGGUUUGCAGAUAGCGCAUACUCAUAUGAGUAACCUGCAGCUAGUUUCACAGUAUUUGACACUCCUGGGAAAUCUGGCUCUUUCCUUACACGACACGGUACAAGCCAGAGAGAUCCUUCGUUCCUCUCUUACACUUGCAAAGAAACUCUCUGAUAUCCCUACUCAGCUAUGGGUUCUAUCCAGCUUCACAGCUCUGUAUCAGCAGUUGGGUGAAAAAGGGAGCGAGAUGGAGAACGAAGAACACAGGAAGAAGAAAUGGGAUGAGAUGCAGAGUAGACUAGCUGAAGCGCGUGGAUCCAUCCAUCACAUUGAACUAGUGGAGAAAGCUAGGUUAGAAAUGGAUAGGGUGGAGGAUGCACAAGAACAGUGUGAAGUAACAUACGGGAUGCAAGCGAGUCUGGACAUUCCAGAGUCUGUGGGUAUAGAAGGUCCAUCACCGGCACAGUACUCCUCGAGGCUUGUAGGUUUAGACACGGGAAAAAGAUGGGGAAAACGAAGGGUAUGACUUACAAGUUACAACCCAGGAGCGAUGAGUUGUAAGCUGUGUAAGAUGUGUUGAUUAGUUGGUGUAUUAUUUAGGAGUUAAAUUGUAGAAUAUUGAAACAUCAAUAGAAGGCAGCUAAAAAUGCCUUCGUUUACGGGUGUGUAGUCCGAAACCUGAAAUUAGGCUAUCUCUAUACCCGACAGCAACAUGGAUCUGUCUGACUGGAUAUAUAAGUUAAUUUACAGAGUGUUUGGUCUGAUAA